CAUGGCAACAUCGAUACAUCAAGAUACGCUCGAGCCGUAACCGUUUAAUCGAUCCACGAAGUACGAAAGUUAUAGGUUAAAGCGCGAGCAACCUCUCUCUCUUCGAAGAUGAAUUCGAGAAACUCGUGAACGAGUGUUUGUUAAGGAGGAAAAUCGUUUAUUAAUUACACAAACGGAAUUAUUAUUUCGUCGAGUUGACAUUGGAGAAUAAAAAUAUGACAGAAUCGGAAGAGGAAAUCACCCACACCGAGGACGAGGAGGAUCUGUACGAUUUGGAGAGGCCUUCCAUAAUACAUCUGGAUUAUCGAGUGAUGUGGAUACGGAACAAAGUGAUGAAGUUUCUAGGCAUACCCGGCUACGAGAUUCAGUUCUACAAACUUUUGAACGCAAACAAUCGAUACUUGGAGGACAAGCUGCUGAAUUUCUUGAUACUCGAUCUUUACGGAAUUACGAGUCUCGAGAGAAAGAUAAUCUUCUUCUAUUGCACGUAUUCCGUGGAAAAGUAUCAGGAAGAGGUGCCGAUCUGGCAAAGCAAGCCGAGCGUUAGUAAAUUGGCCGCGUUGACGGCGUUAGCCGUGAAGGGGAAAAGUCGGAAGCCACGGAAGAAAGAGGAAGAGCCGAAGAAGAAGAAGAAAAAAGCGAAGAAACCGAAGAAAGCGCCAAAAGCGCCGGUGUCCACGGAUCCGCUUGCGCUGUUGCGCCAACUCGAGGAGUCGAUAGUCACGCUCCGUUCGGAGGAAAAAUCGGUGACGAGCACGAUCGACGACGAAGAUUACGACGACGAGGAGGAGGAGGAGUACGACGAGGAGGAGUGGGAGGACAGAGAUGUCAAAAAGAAGGACGACCGCGGUACGCGUAAUCGAUAA